GCUUGCACUCUUGAGGAAGCUCUUAACCAACUGAGCCACUCGGCUGGGUCUCUCCUUUUGGUUUUAUUAGGGAGGCUGCAACCCUCUAAUCACGGUUGGUUCCCCUGGCAACCAGUCCCCCUCCUUAGGAGAUUUCCAAAAGUGCCCUCAUUAUCGUAAGCUCAGGUGUGGUUGAAAGGGGCUUGUUACGAACAACGAGACACCCAUUUCACCUUCUUGGCUCUGAAAUGAUUUCAGGAACUGAGGGCAAAAACCAAGUAUUGUAACAAAAGAUGCUCCCAUUGCUCUCAGGAAAUGAGGUUUUGGGAACGAAAACCAAAAUACGUAUUCAUUACCAAUCACAUGAUCACAGCUUCCCCUCCUUCCUUCCGUAUUUCUCUUAAGCACUUGCACUUUAGAGGAGCUCUGGUGGGCAGAUGUUUUCAUGCCAUGUGAGGUGCUCAUUUCAUCGCUGUGGUUGGGGCCAGAGUGUGGCCUUUGCUUCCCGCCCAGCUGACCAGUUCCCAUCAGAAAGCCCCUUUCUGAUGUGUUGGGCUUGCACUCAAGAGCUGCUGCAGCAGGUGCUCUGUAAAGUCCUGGGUGCCCCCAACACACACACCCCGUCACACCCCCAAACCCCUGCUCAACACUGCGGUGUCUGCAGGACAUGGCGGAGGGUGCACUGUCUGCCAACUAUGUGUCCUUGCUGCUGGGAGGUCAAACUCCGGACUUGAGAGCUGUUUGCUCCCUUGCUUUUGGCAUUGGCAGCUGAGGCUUGGUGUGGAGUGACCUGACAGGCAGCAGGCCAGGGCCCUGGGGGCUACUGUGUUCCUCCGGAUGCGCCUUUCAGAGUUCCGUGCUUUGGAAAACCAAGGUGGAAGGAGGCCCAUCGCGUUCUCUGCUGGUGUCUCUGGGAUUUUUGGAAAUGGGGGCAGCAGUAAGAAGGAGAAGCUUUCUCUGCAGGACGUAGCAGAGCUGAUCCGAGCCAGAGCUUGCCAGAGGGUGGUGGUCAUGGCGGGGGCUGGCAUCAGCACGCCCAGCGGCAUUCCAGACUUCAGGUCUCCAGGCAGCGGCUACUACAGCAACCUCCAGCAGUACGACGUCCCCUACCCGGAGGCCAUUUUUGAGCUCUCCUUCUUCUUGUACAACCCCAAGCCCUUCUUGUCUCUGGCCAAGAAACUGUACCCUGGGAACUACAGACCCAACGUCACUCACUACUUCCUGCGACUGCUGCACGACAAGGGGCAGCUUCUGCGGCUAUACACACAGAACAUCGACGGGCUCGAGAGAGCGUCUGGCAUCCCGGCCUCCAAGCUGGUUGAAGCUCACGGAUCCUUUGCCUCUGCCACCUGCACUGUCUGCCGGGCAACUGCCCCAGGGGAGGACUUCUGGGCUGACGUGCUGGGGGACCGGGUCCCACACUGCCCAGUCUGCGGUGGCGUCAGGAAGCCCGACAUCGUAUUCUUUGGGGAGCCGCUGCCCGACAGGUUCUUGCUGCACGUGGUUGACUUCCCCAUGGCAGACCUGCUACUUAUCCUGGGGACCUCCCUGCAGGUGGAGCCUUUCGCCAGCUUGUCUGAGGCUGUGCGGAGCUCGGUGCCCAGACUGCUCAUGAACCGGGACAUGGUGGGGUCCUUGGCCUGGUGUCCUCGCAGCAGGGACGUGGUCCAGCUGGGGGACCUGGUCCACAGCGUGGAGAGGCUGGUGGAGCUGCUGGGCUGGACAGAAGACAUGCAGGAUCUUGUCCAGCGGGAAACUGGGAAGCUCCCUGGGUGCGAUGCAUAGGGGGAUGGCUGUCCCCGUACGAGCAGUGGGGACAUGGGAAUCACCGCCCACUUGUGAACAGACCCCACGCGUGCGUCCAGGACAGCGAGCGGCUGGCACUCUGUCUGGGCCAUCCGUCAGGGACACCUGCCUGGCUUCUGUUGGACUCUCCACCCUACUGAAGCUCGGAAGGCCAGAGCCUCUGACGGCACCUGCCCUGUGCCCAGGUCCCCACGCGAGGGCCGGCUUCAGCCCACGGGCCGGGGUCCCACACAGGGCACUGGGGUUGCCGGCUGCCACUCUCAAUGGGCUGUUUCUCAUUUGAGCAGAUUUGUCCUUCAUUCUGGCACAAAGUAAACUUUAAUGUGGAAA